GUUAUGCAGCGUCGCAUGGAUGGCUCGGAGAACUUUUACAGAAACUGGACUGAUUAUGAAAGAGGAUUUGGCGACUCGAGGAAAGAAUUUUGGAUCGGAAACGACAACAUCCACCGCAUAACGUCCAACCAAAAGUACAAAGUUUUGUUCGUGUUGGAGGAUUUCGAAGGGAAGGUGGCGUGUGCAGCUUAUGAUUCAUUCAGUGUUGGCUCGCCAGAUACUUACUACGUUCUGAAC